UUCUCUUUUAUAACAAAAAGAGAUACUAAGAUUCCUAGAGCUGGGAGCGCCUGGGUGGCUCAGUCAGUUAGUAUCUAGCUUCAGCUCAGGUCAUGAUCUCACAGUUUGUGAGUUCAAGCUCUGCAUCGGGUUCUGUGCUGUCAGUGCAGAGCCCACUUCAGAUCCUCUGUCCCCUCUCUCUGCCCAUCCCUCCAGUCACAAAAAUGAGUAAACCUGUUUAAAAAGAUUCAUAGAGGUACACUAACCUAUCCUGUAAGGAGAAGAGAUGAAAUGAUUUUCUUUUAAGUAAAGUUGACUGGUAUCUCAGGACUGGUUGUCAAUCACAGAUGAUGAGAAAAGUUCUACAAAUAGUUACUGUAACUGCCAACCCAAGAAUGGUGUUCUAACAUAGACUGUGGAAAAGAUUCAUUCAUGUCUCAGCAUUCUUUUUAGCUUCAUUUGUGUAUGUGAAUAAUGUCAUAAUUAUAGGUACAUCAUUCAAUAUGGAUAAUAAGAUAUAACUCUGUGGGACUGUUGUAACAAACUGUUGCACACUCUCAUUUUUAUUUGCUAUUUUCCUUUUGUAACUAAUUUUCCUGUUGAAUAUUCUGCAUACCUCAGACAUUAUCAUAUAAUGUCUGUGUUUACGUGCUACCUGUUACGUGCUAAUGUCUGUGGUUACAUACUGCAUUUUUUAUUUUUAUGUGAGCUUGGUGAGCUAAAGCCUAGAUAUUUUAUUUGGGGAUAACCAAUGAGAUGGAUAGAUAGAUAGAUAGAUAGAUAGAUAUUAGUAUAAAUGUUGGAGAUAGGAUACACAGAAAUACAAUCUUCAGAGCAUCUUCCCCCUCAAAUUUGUGGACGUAGUUAAAAAAAAGAACAAAAAACAAAGGCCAGCCUUUUGACUUUGAAAAACCUGACCUCUCUGUGCCUCAGGUUCUUCCUCUAUAAAUUGGAGCAAUUGGACUAUGAUACUUAAUUAGUGCUGAUGGUCUUUAACUCUGUGAUUCUGUGAAGGUAAUUGGUAAAUGUACUACUGAUGGGCCCAGGCUACUUCCUACAUUACAUCAAGAGGUUAGGGUGUUGUAAUGUCGGAUUUCCUGUGUUCUAAUUAGUUUUCUAAUGUGGUGUCAUGACAGAAGGCUAAAUAUCAAUUUAGCGAAAAUCAAAUUUUUCUGAAUAGAAUUUGGAGCCAUGGUCUGAUAUUCCAAAUGGACUAUUAAUAUAAAAUAAUUUAAAAUAAUACUCACCCAGAACAUCUAUAUAUGAGAUAAAUAUUCAGCUAUGAGUAGCAGAAAACCCAAAACAAAAAGUGGCUUAAAACAAGAUUAAAUUUUAUUUCUCACUCAUGUAAUAGUUGGCACAAGUCUGGUAUGGAGCUCCAUGACAUCAGGGACUGCUUACCUAAAAUUGUCCCUUUUUCCUUCUUAGCACUCUACCCUCCCUCUUGGGUGUAAACCAUAUUCUUAUUGAGCAAGAUGGUGAUAUCCACAUUGCAGGAAGCAGAAUGGAGAGAGGGAUGAAGCAGAAAGUAGAAGGUACCUUCACUGCUCUGUUAAGCAUAAUUAUGAGAUAUUUCCAUGUGAAUCAUCACAUGUGAAUCCGUGAGACAUAUGGCCAUGCAUAGCUGCAAGGAAAGGUGGGAAGUAUAGCCAUGUGCCUCACUAAAUGUUCUACCUAUAGUGGAAGAAAGGAAGAAAAGAUACUGGGGGUGGGGAGUCCACUACAAUCUGGUUGAUGAUAAAUGAAAGGGAAAACUAAGGAGCAUUUGCCAUUGUAUCUCUUCCAUUAAAGAAGGAGUGUUUUCUAUUUCUAGUAGGUGAUACUGGUUCUCAAAAUGGAAAUGUCAUUUUAUAGGUGAAGAGCUGACAAUGUAAUGGGAACAUCUCUUAAGAAUAUGUGAUUCUCUUUUCUGUAACUGGGUUAAUGCAUAAGAUCUUCCAAGAGAGAAUUGCUAGGUCAAUUUCCUGGUUUGAAUUCAUGAGUUGAUACUAAGAUUUAUGAACCAGGCUCUUGUGAGUUUAGUUAGUGUGAAUUUUUCCCACUGAGCCCAGUAGCCCCCAAGAGAAUUGAUCAAGCAGAGAAUAGACCCAACCCUAGAUGUACAAUGACUUUAGAGAGAACAUAUGCCUUGUAAGGCUUCAUUUGACCUGAGCCACCCAUCUUAUUCUUGAUCUUGAAAAGGGAGAAAAAUUACAGACUUAUAAAUAGUCUCUAAUAUAUCCAUCUACAAAAUCAAAAUAAUAGUGUUUUGCAUGAUGAAGAUUAGUAGUGGUCUUGUAAAAAUUUUUUUAUAUAGGAAAGAGCCUCUAAGGGCUAAUGAUAUUGCAAGUCUUCACUCUUAAAAACCCAUUUAGAGAAGAAUUAUUCACUGUUUUGGAAUGAUUAUGACCUUUUCAGAAUUUUUGAAAAUACAAAAUCAGCAGAACCAGACUCACCCCCAGAAUAUUGAAAUAACAUGUUUCAUCUGUGCCAUUAUCUCAGCUGUUCCAUAGUCUGCCUAAAAUCCUCUUAAGGAUGAUGUCUUCCCAUAUCUUUCUUAAAAGAACAAAGCGAUCCCAGUAGACAAAGGAGAGCCUUUGAGGCUAUGCAUAGGACUAUAAUAUCUAUAAACCUGAGGCAAUACAAGGUAAACUAUCUAUAAACUUAAGGUAAUCAUCACCAGUGUCAAAGUACCAGACAGCCUGUACACUUCGCUGGCUUCAUAACUAUUUGAGGUUUGCUAAGUUAGUCAUGAACAUCUUAGAUGAUGUUUUAUGGCUGUAGAAUUCUCCUACAAAAUUAAGAUCUAAAAACUGAUAGGCUUUUGAUUUACACAGAUCAGCCAUCUAUAACUGUUGUUGAAGAAAUGUAGCUAAACUAAUUCCCAUUUCCCAGAAUUCCCUAUUCCAAGUCACAUCAGAAAGAAGUCCACUUGUGGCCCAGGCUCAAAGAUUUGGAUUGGAAAAGAAUGACCCAGGAAAACGCGGCCUAGACUCAUAUUAUCCCUGACACGAGAAAAUUCAGACGCUAAUUCCAAUGCUAACCUUGCAACAAAGAACUAGAAAAGACCCUGAUAAUGUUGAUGAACACUCACUAUAUACCAGGUACACCCUCCAGAGACAGAUGUGGUAACUAUCCCCACUUAACAUAUGAGGGAAUUGAGACUUGCCCACAGCCAUAGUGAGGGAAAUGGCUAAGGUUGAAUCUGCACUUAAUGCCUCUGCUAUGGCAUCUUCCAUAGAGCUCACUUAGUGUGGUGGAGCCCUCUGAUUUACCCUCAUUUCCUGGCUGAUGAAUUUCUAAACCACAGAGACAUUGUUUUCUCUCAUUUUAAGGCUGUACAAUAACAGAAUCUUCAAUCAACAGAAUCUUUUUCAUUUGUUAACUUGUUCUUGUUUUACUACUCUAGAAGUGCUUGUGGUUUACUUAACUUCCUUGUUUAGGUUUUAGUACGUAUAGUUUAUGCCAUGUAAUCUUUCUUCUUCAGGGAUUCUAAGCUGUACGAAUGAAUUCUAAAAAACCAUUACCUUUUUGGUAAUUGAGAAUUCACCAAUAAAGUUCUGGAAUUAAUGUGCUCAACCCAGAACUUUCAAGAAUAGGAGGUAACCUAUAAAAGUUUAUAGAGGACCUUCUUGGCACUUCCCCCAAAGUAACUUGAACAGGGUCUGUCUGUGCACCUUCCCAGUGGUUCAGGUUUGAUUUAGAGUUAGCCACAACUCAGCCACUUUUAUGAUACAAUUUACAAAAGGUGAUCCAUAUGUAAAGGAAAUGUAGUGCCUUCUAAUAACCUUUCGUAUACUUGAAUAUAAUUAUUAAGUUACCUUAUCUAUAGACUGAACAAACUCAAGUCCUUUAAUUAAAAAUAAUAAUAAUAAUAACCUUUCAUGACGGCUCCAUUAAACAGAGUUGCAUUGAUUUCUGUCUGGUAACCUGUGUUUUUCCAGGGAGUUACAAGUGAUUGUUCGUGUAUUUUCUGUGGACAAACGUCUUAAAUACAACUGACCUCUCCAGAUUAUCACAGCUGACUUUUUCCUUUAUUUAAAGAGUGGCUCUUUUUCUGUCUUUCAGGCCACUCUGGCUCUUUGUUCAGGAUGUGUUCUUGGUUAUCACGUAUACCCAGCAAUUCCCAAGUGAUGUUUUCAAUAGUCAGUGCUGUUUCCAGAAAUGCCAUGACAUUUUCAGAAUCAGAAUAAAAUAAACUUUAAUUAAUUUUAAUUUAAAAGACACAGUUCUUUGUCACAGAUUGGAGAAAAAUAAAGGGACACAAUUAAAUGGGAUGUGAGAUCUUGGAGUAGAUCCUAGAAAAGAAAAAAAAUCAAUAGAAAAACUGGUGAAAUUUGAAUGAAGUCGGCAGUACAGUAGUGUUACACCAGUCUUGAUUUCCUGUCCUGGUGGUUGUGUAAGAUUUUAACAUUAGGGGAAGCUAGGUGAAAGGUUUAUGGUAACUUGUGCAGCUUCUCUGAAAAUCUAAAAUUAUUUCAAAAUUAAAAGUUUAAAUAUACAUGUAUAUUCACAGCUCCAAAUUGUUUGGUAAUUAUAUUGUUGGCCUUUCUUGAGUCUCUCUCUAAGGCAACAACAAUGAACCAGGAUGCAUCAGCAUACUCACUGCUCACAGGAAUCCCAGAAAUCAUUUGUGCAUCCAUUGAAACACUAACAGUAGGAUGCAACAGUAGGAUGCAGUAGGAUCUUAUGGGAAGAAGAAAGGAUUUGGAUUCAGAUGUGAGUUUCAGUCCCUCUUCCACCAUUCACUACUGUUUUCUGUAGGGCAGCUACCUUGACCUUUGUUAGUCUCAAUUCCUUCAUCUGAAUACAAAGUAUAAUACCCAUCCCACAGUGAUUUUAAGAAUUAAAUGAGAUUUAUAUAUGUGAAUGCUAGUUAUAAACUCUAAAACACUAUGCAAAAUGUUCACUUUGGUUCAUAUCCUAAAGAAUUGUUUGAAGAAAAAAGAUUCUCCAGUUUCAGAGAUUUUUAAGGUUAUUUUUUUCCCUAGAUUAAUUGUAUUGUAGCAUUGAGUGCAAUCAGAAUCCAUAGGUGAUAUAUUUAUAAUUGUGUUUACAUUAUUUUGAGUCUUUUAUCAUUAACAGUCAGUUUGAACUUGAACCAAUAUGACUAAGAACCACAAAGCAGUAAGCUGAAUAUUGUAUAGUAUACUUAAUAUAGAGAUUUUACAUGAACAUUAUUUUUACUUAUUUAAGCCAAUGUCUAGCCCUUUUGCUUUAGAAGUCAUAACACUAAGAAGAGAAUUUCAAAUAUGAAAGCUCCAAAUUUGUUGGUUUUCCUGAAAUUUAAAGUGAAAGUCAUCAGUGGAAGCUGUGGAUCUACUUUCAAAAAAGACCCUAGAAAGGUACAAUGUCCAGUCUACCAAUUAUAUGAGGCCUAUAUACAAACUUGUAGUUUGUUUCCAAAAGUAAGUUAUUCUAUAACAAAUUGGAAAAAAAAAAAAAAAAGCUCAGCCAAUAUAUUUAAGUAGUGCUGAGGUGUCUGUGGCGAAAUUUAAUUUUUUUAAAUUUUACAUCUAAGGGUUAUAAAGUUGAUUCUAAAUCCAUAUUUCAGGUGGUUUAAUGCUCUGAUUCAGUACCUGGUGAAGGACUGCUGUCUGGUUUCAAUCAGAUGUUAAUUAUUCUUCUUGCUUUGUCUUGAUUUUUAGCUGUUUCAUUAAAGCAGCCUCAUGUAGAUCAAUCAGGCUCUUUUUCAAAAAUCCCAAUCUGAAACCAAGACCAGGGGUGCCUGGAUGGUUUAGUAGAUUAAACAUCCAACUUCCACUCAAGUCAUGAUCUCACAGUGUAAAUUCUAGCCCCUCACUGGGCUCUGUGCUGACAGCUCAGAGUUUGGAGCCUGCUUUGGAUUCUGUGUCUCCCUCUCUCUCUGCCCCUCCCUUGCUUGUGCUCUGUCUCUCUCUCUCCCUCUCAAAAAUGAGUAAACAUUAAAAAAAAUUUUUUUUAAUUUAAAGCCAAGACCAAAAGGCCAAAGAAAUAGAAGAUCUCGUGAAGUCAGAGCUGCUCAUCAGUAGUCCUCAAUUGCUUAUCUUUUUUUUUUUGGAGUAUCUAGUUUUAGUGAACCACAAAUUAAACAAAAUGUCUCUCAAGACAGGGCAGAAACACAUAAUUUUAAACUUUGUAUUAGUAUCAAUAUAUUGGUACAUUCUAAAAAUGCUGAUCUGCAGCAGAUUCUUUUUUUUUUCAAUUGCUUAUCUUUGAAGAAGAGAAAUAUUAAAAAGAUUGUUACCGAGUUGGUAAAAUGAAAAAAUAAAAUCUGUUAUCCUCAAGCAAUGCAUUUUCCAAUUUAGUAAAAAAGUAGUUUAUUAAGAAUAGAUGGAAACUUCCUUAAUAUAUGGUAUGUAUAUGUGUGCCUGUGUCUGUGUCUCAGUGCUAUACACAUCCUAUUUAUUUAUUUUAUUUAUUUAUUUUUUAAUGCUUAUUUAUUUUUGAGACAAUGCGAGAGACAGAGUGCAAGCAGCGGAGGGGCAGAGCAGACAGAGGGAGACACAGAAUCCGAAGCAGGCUCCAGGCUCUGAGCUGUCAGCCCAGAGCCAGAUGUGGGGCUCAAACUCACGAACUGUGAGAUCAUGACCUGAGCCAAGGUCAGAUGCUCAACCUACUGAGACACUCAGGCACCCCUACACAUCUUAUUUAUUGAUAAAACAACAAUCUCAUAAGAUUAUGAGGAAAACAAUUUCCAUUGUAUUUUUAACAUUGUUCUAGAAAUAUUAGAUAAUUGAGAGAAGAAACAAUUUAUAUAAUUUGUAAAAGAGGAAUUAAAAUCAUUAGAUAAUUAUCCUAAGCAAAUGUUGAUUUAAGAUGGAUAGCCACAGGAUAUUUAUGAAAUAUCUAAUAAUCCUUAUGGAAAAUUUUCCUCACCAAAUCUGUCCCAAAAAGGCCAGGAUUUUCAACCAAGUCUUUUAAAUAAUAAUCAAAUUUGAAAAAUCCUUACAAAUCUUUACAAACAACACAGGGAACCUUUUUCUAUUUACAUUUACAGUUAAAUUUCUGUUGUAGCCUCCUUAGUAAGUAAUGUAUGCACAUAUUAUAAGAUAUAAAAGGUAUUCUAUUUAUUUAUUUUUUAAUGUUUAUUUAGUUUUGAGAAAGAGCGAGAGAGCAUAGGCAGGGGAGGGGCAGAGAGAGUCCAACGUGGAGCUCGAACCCGUGAACCACAAGAUCAUGACCUGAGCCGAAGUUGGAGGCUUAACCAACUGAACCACCCAGGUUCAGUAUUUUAAACAGAUAUUUGAUGAAAAGUCAGUCUUCCUCCAGCCCUGUCAGAAACAGUCACUGGUACCAGUUUUUUAUAUAUCCUUUAAGAGAUGUUUUAGGCAUAUGCAAAGCUAGUUUCUCUCUUAAUCUUUUUACAUUUAUGGUAAUGUGCCACAUACACAGUUCUGUACCUUGUUUUUAUUUUGUUUACUUAGUAAUAUUAUCAUGCAAACUGUGCCAAAUCAGCACAAAAUACAUUUUUAAUCACCCAGUGCUCAUCAUUAUAGGUGCACUCUUUAAUCCCCAUCACGUAUUUUACCCCUUCCCCCCCCCCCCCCACCUCUCCUCUGGUAGCCAUCAGUUUGUUCUCUAUAGUUAAGAGUCUGUUUCUAGGUUUGUCUCUCUCUUUUUCCCCAUUGCUCAUUUGUUUCUUAACUUCCACAUAUGAGUGAAAUCAUAUGGUAUUUAUCUUUCUCUGACUGACUUAUUUUGUUUAGCAUUACAUUCUUUAGCUCCAUCCAUCCAUGUUGUUGCAAAUGGCAAGAUUUCAUUCUUUUUAUGGCUGAGUAGUAUUCCACUGUGUGUGUGUGUGUGUUUGUGUGUGUGUGUAUAUAUAUAUAUAUAUAUAUAUAUAUAUAUAUACCACAUUUUCUUUAUCCAUUCAUCAAUCAGUGAACUCUUGGACUGUUUCCAUAUUUUGGCUGUUGUAAAUAAUGGGGCAGGGGCACCUGGGUGGCUCAGUCGGUUGGGCGUCCGACUUCAGCUCACAUCAUGAUCUUACAGUCUGUGAGUUUGAGCCCCGCGUCAGGCUCUGUGCUAACAGCUCAGAGCCUGGAGCCUGCUUUGGAUUCUGUGUCUCCUUCUCUCUCAGCUCCUCCCCUGCUCAUGCUCUGUCUCUCUCUGUCUCAAAAAUAAAUAAAAACAUUAAAAAAAUUUUUUUAAUAAAAAAAUAAAAAAUAAUGGGGCAAUAAAUAUGGGGGUGCAUGUAUCCCUUUGAAUUAGUGUUUUUGUAUCCUUUGGGUAAUACCCAGUAGUGCAAUCGCUGGAUCGUAGGGUAGUUCUAUUUUUAACUUAUUGAGUAACCUCCAUACUGGUUUCCAGAGUGGCUGCCCGAUUUUCAUUCCCACCAGCAGUGCAAGAGGAUUCCUUUUUCUCCACAUCCUCCCAACACCUUUGUUUUCUUGUGUUGAUUUUAGUCAUUCUGACCAGUGUGAGGUGAUAUCUCAUUGUAGUUUUGAUUUGCAUUUCCCUGAUGAUAAGUGAUGGUAAAGCAUCUUUUCAUAUGUCUGUUGGCCAUCUGUAUGUCUUUUGGUUAAUUUUUUGUUUCGUUUUUUAUGUCUUUUUUGGAGAAAUAUCUUCAUGUCUUCUGCCCAUUUCCUAAUUAGAUUAUUUGUUUUUCAGUGUUGAGUUUUAUAAGUUCUUUAUGUAUUUUUGAUACUAGCCCUUUAUUGAAUAUAUCAUUUGCAAAUAUCAUCUCCCAUUCUGUAGGUUGCCUUUUAGUUUUGUUGAUUAUUUCCUUUGGUGUGCAGAAGCUUUUUACUUUGAUGUAGUCCCAAUAGCUUAUUUUUGCUUUUGUUUCCUUUGCCUCAGGAGACAUAUCUAGAAAAAAGUUGCUACAGCCAAUGUCAAAGAGGUUACUGCCUGUGUUCGCUUCUAGGAUUUUUAUGGUUUCAGAUCUCACAGUUAGGUCUUUAAUCCAUUUUUAAUUUAUUUUUGUGUAUGGUAUAAGAAAGUGGUCCAGUUUCAUUCUUUUACAAGUUGUUGUUCAGUUUUCCAAAUGCCAUUUGUUGAGGAGACUUUUUUCCAUUGGAUACUUUUUCCUGCUUUGUCAAAGAUUAAUUGACCAUAGAAUUGUGGCUUUAUUUCUGGGUUUUCCAUUCUGUUCCAUUGACCAUGUGUCUGUUUUUGUGCCAGUACUAUACGGUUUCAAUUUCUACAGCUUUGUAAUAUAACUUGAAGUCUGAAAUUGUGAUGCCUCCAGCUCUGCUUUUCUUUUCCUAGGUUGUUUUGGCUAUUUGGGGUCUUUUGUAGUUCCAUACAAAUUUUAGGAUUGUUUGUUCUAGUUCUGUGUGAAAAAUGCUGUUGAUAUUUUGAUAGGGAUUGCAUUAAAUGUGUAGGUUGCUUUGGAUAGUAUGGACAUUUUAUCAGUAUUUUUUCUUCCAAUCCAUGAGCAUGGAAUGUCUUUCCAUUUCUUUAUAUUGUCUUCACUUUCUUUCAUCAGUGUUUUAUAGUUUUCAGAGUACAGGUCUUUCACCUCUUUGGUUAGGUUUAUUCCUAGGUAUCUUAUUUACAACAUUUUUUAACAACUGCAAAAUUAGUUUAUGGUGAUAAACUGUAACCAGUUACAUAUUUAGGUUGCUUCCAACCUUUUGCUAUUACAAGCAGGACUGCAAAGAAGAGCCUGGUAUAUAUGUGUUUUUGAGUAGACAUGUAAGCACAUUUGAAAGUUAAAUUCCUAAAUGUGGAAUUGCUGGGUCAAUGGGUAAAUUCAUGCAUAAUUUUGUCAAGUUGUUCUCAUGGAGGCUGACAGUUUUACUAAUUGGCAAUGUCACUAAUGUGUGAGUGCUUACUAAUGGGUAAUAUCAACUACUGGAUAAUAUCAACUUUAUAAUAUAUUAGAUUCCUAUAUGAAUUUAGACUGCUCUCCAGCUUUCUUGUAUCCACCAGGGUAGGCUAGGUUAAACCGCCAUAACAACCUCAAACUCUUAGUGGUUUAUAAUAAGAAAUUUCUUUCCUUUUGGUACAUGUCCAUCAAGGGUCGCUGGAGGCUCAGCACCAUGACUUUCACUCAGUAACUUAGGCCAACAGGGUUGCCACCAUCUUGAACAUUGCUCUUUGUCCUGGCUAAAGGGAAGAGGGCCCUGAAGAGUCUCACACCAUCAGUAUAGUCAUACAUGUGCCCAGAAGAUGGAAAACUGGAGAUAUUUGGCAAACUGCAGCUAUGAUUAAUUAUCACAUCUCUAUUCUGUCCUGUAAUCUGUCAGUUCAUGUGGUAGUAACACAAGUUUUUCUUUUUUGGAAUAUGUCUGCUAUUUUCCCAUUUUCAUUUUUCCUGUUGAACUAGAACUAGCUUCUCUAACUACCCUCCAGCCUCCAGAAAAAAAGCCAAAUUAUGGCAGUAUUUUUCAUUUUGUCUGCAUUAAAUCUAUAGAUUUAAAGAAAAUUGAUAAUCUUUAUAAUAUUGAGUUUCCACAACCAAGAAGCAGAUAUAUAUUUUCAGUUAUUUACAUCUUCUUUUGUAUCUUUCAUAUUUUCUUAAUAUAGAUUGUGUAUAUUUAUUAGUAAGUAUUCUUUUUUAUUUUACUGUCAUCUGCAAAUAAUCAUUUAAAUUCCUUCUGUAUAAUCAAGUUGGUUUUCUUGAAGGAAUAGAAAAGAUAACCAUUUCUCAAAUAACAUAUCCAUAACAUAAUCAAAAAAAUUUUUUUAAAGUUCAUACUGAAGAUUUUUCUUUUCAUGAUCCAUCUUUUUAAUAAUUCUAGUAAAUAAGUAGAUUAGCAUUACACCAACAAUAAUACAUUUACUCCAGCAACUAGAAGCACUUACCAGUUUUUAAGAAUUAUAUUUGUUUUGUGCUCUGCAGGUGUCUAUUAUGCCCACCUGUACAAGAACCCAGGAGAUGAUGAGCCAUUAAUGUAGAAUAAGAUCUGGCUCUAAAGAAAGAGGCUCACUGGCCCAUUCAUCAAACUUGAGAGAUGUUGAAAAUUAAACAUCCCCAGUUCAUCCAUGAGCUCGGAUUUCCCACAUUACAACUUCAGGAUGCCUAAUAUUGGAUUCCAGAAUCUGCCUCUCAACAUAUAUAUUGUGGUUUUUGGCACUGCUAUAUUUGUCUUCAUCCUUAGUUUACUCUUCUGUUGCUACUUGAUUAGGCUAAGACAUCAAGCACACAAAGAAUUUUAUGCCUACAAACAGGUUAUAUUAAAAGAGAAAGUAAAAGAACUGAAUUUACAUGAGCUCUGUGCAGUAUGUCUAGAAGACUUCAAGCCUCGAGAUGAGUUGGGCAUUUGUCCAUGUAAGCAUGCCUUUCACAGAAAGUGCCUUAUUAAGUGGCUCGAGGUUCGUAAAGUAUGUCCACUGUGCAACAUGCCAGUUCUGCAGCUGGCCCAGCUGCACAGUAAGCAGGACCGUGGACCCCCGCAGGGGCCCCUGCCCGGGGCAGAGAACAUCGUAUAGCUCCCCCAAGGACCAAACUGCUGUGGGAUCCGACAUCCAUAUGGAGCCAGGAGGAACACAAGCGGUCUCUGCGUUGGCUGCUCUACCUGGGGCACCAGCUGCCACUUCCUUUGCCUCAUGAAGAACUCGGGCCAGCUACACUGGGAAGCCAGACUGCUGGGUCUUGUGACAACCAAAGCACGCUGACACUACCCCAUGCCAAGAGAAGAGGAGUGGAUGAUGGAUAAGCCUUCCGGUUACGUUCAAGAAAUUUCACGAGGGUCUCUUGCUGACGCCAUUACUCUGUCUCCCAGAUACUUUUCUCCAUGUCAAGGUGAAUCUUUAUCAAGCAGAAGGGAAGAUAGGACUGUUAGAGAAGGGAACUGAGGGCAGGUGUUUAAAGCCCCCCCCCCCGGGCCCCCCCCCCCCCCCCGCGGACAGAUGAGCUUCUAUGCAGACCGUGCAUGCUUUUGCAGUAGCAGACCCUCCUGGCAGUCCCUGAGCCAAGUAAAACCAGCGGUUACCUCAGUUGAAGCCCGACUGGUUGCCAGUGAUUGGUGAGGCAGUGCCAACGAGGCUUUUCACAUGUUCCUUUGAUAAGGUCAUCUUGGAACCCAGGGGCUUUGGUUACCACAGAGCAGCAGUGCCCCCUUGCCACUCCUUCUCCCUCAAGUUCAUGACACUUGCUUAUCAAAUCAUCUAAACACAUUAGAUGCGCUUGGAAAGGCUUGGUCAGAAGUCAUUUCCUCUUAUUCUUGCCCGCCCCCCCCAAACUCCCCAGUGAAGCCCAGCCAGGCCGCCCAUCUGGAGCCCCAGCAGGGGAUGUGCUGUCUGUGUGUGACCCAGGGAGCCUCAGGGUGCUGCCCACCCCUACAGUGGGGUUCCAGUGCAGCUGCUGGUCUUAGCCCACUGCCUCAGUAAGGAGCUGCUGUGAGCCUCUCAGAUGGCUCCCAAGGGGAGCUUCUUCCUGAGAAUGGCCAGUCUUCCGGGCCCUGCUGAGAUGAGAGGAUGCUGACUCCCUUGCCUCUCUCCACUCCUUCCGUUUCCUUCCCUCUCCUGCCCUGUGUUUCUACUUAAGAGAAAAUGCCUGUCAUUGGCUUUUUAACAAUUUGAAGCAUCCCAAAUAAGAUCUUUCUGUAAUUCUGAAGCGAGGGAUCCACUUGAAAUUGUAAAUAGUUUCAGGAAGCUCCCGUAGGGCUGUUCACCCAUUGGUGUGUGCCUCAGUAUUCAGACUUGCGAUAAGUAAUUUAAAGUGUCUUUAUAGGAGAGAAAUGCAUGCUGCUCUUUGGCUCUUUCUGUCCAACUUUUCUAGAAAUGACUGAAGAGUCCAUUCGGAUUCAUGAAUACUGUAUAAAUUUGCCAUCUGAAGUGGCUUUGGGUCAGAUAGAAAGUUCUUUUCCACGGCACUGCUUUCCACCUCCUUCUGUUAUAGGGUGGACUCUUCGUCAACAGCUUUGCCUCUGCUCCAUUCCCCAGGUGUGAGUGAGGACAGUUUCUCAUUGGAAAUGUGGUCUGCAUGGUAUGGAGAGAGAAUGGGGGAAGCUUUACUACUCUGUUCAUGGCAUGUCUCCAGGGAUUUUUUUCUGGAUUCGUCUCUACCAUCUUAGAAUGGGAGACAGAACCUGUCCUUGGCUCAGAUGGCUGGGGUCAGAUGAGGAAAAUUCCCAUUAGCCUAGGAAAGUGCUGGACAAAAUCCAGCUUGGAAAAUUACAAAUCCAGUUGGUCAGAAUUGGCUGUUUCCUCCUUGUGACCUAUUCAUGUCACGCCAACUGGCUGCUUCAAGAGAGCAAGGAAGUGUGGGGUAUUUUUAUAUGAAAGCCUUAGCCUGUUGGGCAUCCUUGAAAAGAUUUUCAUGUGCUCCUACUUUCACCAUUUCUGCAUUGUGUUGGUAGCACAAUGGAGUUGAAUGCUGCAAA